AUGAGGAGGUACAUGGAAGUCCAAAACCGGAUCUUUGACGAUCGGCAGCUGGAAGGGAUGCGCAGAGUCAGUCGUAGACUCCAAAAGGCUCGAUCACGGUUCCGGAAAAGGCGACAGACUCGCAAGGAGGUAGCCGAAGCAGUCAGGCGUGGAACAGGACGCGAUCCCAGAGUUUUUGCCGAGGUACGGAUCCGAGGAAAGCGGAUUGCUGGACUCCUGGACACGGGGGCAUCCGUAAGCGUACUAGGUAAGGGCAGUCGAGAGCUCCUGAUGUAUGUCUCAAUUGUAAAAACAGCUUCCGGGGAAGACAAGUCUAUUAUCGGGAGGAUAAAGAUUUCUGUGGAGUAUAAUGGAGAGAGCAAAGAGAUCUUGUUUUAUGUCUGCCCGUACCUUGAACAGGCUAUGUAUUUGGGAGUUGACUUUUGGAGGUCCUUCGCUUUAGCUCCAACAGUCUUGGGAGAAAAGACAAGCACAUCCAGCGAGGCACAAGUAUCCGAAGUGCAGAUGCCGCAAAUUAGCCAAUAUGCCGAAGAUAGCCAGGAAGACGUGGAUGUGGAUGCCUGGGAUCUGGAAAAAGGGGAAUCGGAAAAGCUGGAAAAGGUUAAGAAGGAGUUCCUGACGUACGAAGAAGCCGGAUUGGGAAUAACGACGGUGGAGGAGCAUCGGAUCCAUUUGGUGGAGGGCGCUGAACCCUUUAAGGAUCGGCACUAUCCUCAAUCUCCAGCGAUGCAGAAAGUAGUCUGGGCCGAGGUGGACAAAAUGCUGGAAUUAGGAGUUAUAGAGAUAGUCCAUGGAGCAAUCGGACGACGGUGCAUUGAAGGCAUACUGUCCAGGAUUGACCAGACGUAUUACAUCUCAAGUGUCGACCUCAAAUUCGCGUUCUGGCAAAUCAAGCUGGAUCAAGAAAGCCGGAAGUGCACUGCAUUUACCGUGGCGGGGCGUCCGCUGUAUCAGUUUGUGAUGAUGCCUUUCGGUCUGUGCAACGCUGCCCAGCGGUUGUGUCGGGUCAUGGACAAGGUGAUCCCGACUCAGCUCAGAUCCAACGUAUUUGUGUCAUUGAAAUACCUGGGCACGCUGCAGAUGGAUCCGGAGAAGAUUUUGGCCAUCCAGAGAAUUCCCAAUCGAAAUUCCGUGAAGGAGCUACGAAGUUUCCUAGGAACCGCAGGAUGGUAUAGUCGCUUCAUCAAGGAUUUCGCGUCCAUCGCAGUACCACUAACAGAUGCACUGAAGAAGCAUCCGCGUGGGAAGUUUUCAUUGUCAAAGGAGGCAGAGACGGCGAUAGAAUCCCUUAAGAAGGCACUAACCACGGCCCCGGUACUGGUUCAUGCUGAUUUCAGACGUCCCUUUUUCAUCCAAUGCGACGCCUCGAAUUAUGGAGCUGUACUGUUUCAGCUGGAUGAUGAUAAAGCGGAGCGUCCAGUGGCAUUCUUCUCGUCCAAGCUGAACAAGCACCAGCUGAACUAUUCCGUAACGGAGAAGGAGUGCCUAGCUGCGGUGUUAGCGAUCGAGAAAUUCAGGCCGUAUGUGGAAUUAAUGGCGUUUACCGUGAUCACUGAUCACGCAAGCUUGAAAUGGUAA